UUUGUGGUUAUGUUCUUUCAUUCUAACAAAUGUCCUUAUGUUCUUGUUUGAUUGUUUGAGAUCAAUUAAUUAUUCUUGUUUAAAACUAUUGCUUCUGUUGUUAAUCAAAUCCUUUAAAAUUUAUUGUUUGUAUUUAAACAAUUUUUUCUAUUGUGCUGCCGAGAUGAGUUUCGCCUUCUCCAUUGCAGUAAACCCUAGGCCUUUAUCUGUCUCUUGCUCUCUAAUGGAUUCCAACAACAACAACAACAAAUUCAUGGAGUUCCCUUUCGUUUCUUCUCCACACAAGAGUCUCAUGGUUGAUCUUGUUUCCACACUGGAGAAUCGAUUUCACUCGCAUCUUCUUCCUUCCACACUCCCCAACCAUGUUCGCCAUUACCAAAGCCAGACUGGUUCUGCACAAGCCUCUCUCCAUAUUAGAGCUGCUCAUCCUCACUCCCCUAUAGAUUUUGUGCUGGGAAGUUGGGUGCAUUCAGAGCUACCAACAGGAGGAUCCUUUGAUAUCACAAGUCUUUCAGCUUAUCUCAACACUUCAACUGAUGCACCAAACUUUGUCUUUGAAAUCAUCCGCAGCAGCCCUACAACUCUAAUCCUCAUCCUCGAUUUGCCUCCCCGAAAAGACCCCGUACUUUGGCCAAAUUACCUACAAACAUUCUAUGAUGACACUCAGCUUGAUGCACAUAGGCAGGCCCUACAUACACUCCCUGAGGUUCAACCUUAUUUCUCCUCGUCACUUUUCAUCCGCGCCGUUUCCUCCCCUACCGGUAUCCUAGUCCGAAUUCAAACAGAGAAUGGUGGGCAGGAGCGGAUGGAGGAGAUAAUUGCCAAGCACCUGGACCCCGUUUCGAAGCAGGUGCUUGAAAUAUGGCUGGACAAGUGUGCCUCUGCAAACAGAGAAGUAGGAGAUGAAGAAAGAGAGUAUCUGAAGAAAAGGGAUGGUGUGAUUAGAAACAAGACCAUAGAGGUUGAUCUUGGUUCAAGCUUUCCAAGGUUGUUUGGUCCAGAAGUAGCAAACCGGGUACUUGAUGUGAUCAAGGACUAUUUUACAGUCUCAUGACUCAUUCAUAUCUUUAUAUAGUUGUGAAUUGUGAUGGAUAAUUCUGUAGCAGCAGCAAUACUUUACCUAUGACAAUGUUUACAAAAUGAGUUGCCAGAUUAUGGAGAUAAAUCAUCCUUAAUUAACCUAUUAAUUUGA